CACGGCAGAGAUCGCAAAUCCUAAGCAUCGUGGAAGGCUGUCAGGAACAUUCGAGGCAAUAUGUCAGCUAUGGUAGCAGGCGCGGCAUUCUCUUGGUUCGAACCAAUCACAGUCCGCCUCGUAGAGGACCCUGAACUGGACCUCAGCAACGAAGACGUUUCCUGGAUCAUCGCCAUCCUGGAGAUCGGGAAUUUCAUCAGUCCUCUGGUGUCGGGCGAACUGACUAACAGUUUCCCCAUGGAGAGUAGAUGGCGACUAACAGUAUCUUUCGACACACCACAUUCCCUGGCAUGUUCGCGAAGUAUUCUUUCUCUGAUCGUUGCCCGGAUACUCCACGGACUGGCGGUGGGGGUGGUCUUCACGAUCCCGCCGAUCUACACGGCAGAGAUCGCCGAUCCUAAACUGCGCGGUAGGCUCUCCGGAAUCUUCCUAUUAGCCUGGUUCCUUGGAUCCUUGUACUCCUUCAGCGCUGGUCCUUACCUCAGCUAUGAUACGUUCGCCUAUGCUUGCCUCCCGUUUUCAAUAAUAUUUACAAUAUUAUGGAUGUUCGUACCUGAGACUCCAUACUACCUAUUGAUGAUUGGGCAGGAGGAAAAAGCCAAGGAGGUUCUCAAGUAUUUCAGAGAUGAAGACGUUGAAGAAGAAUUCGUGAACAUGAAGAAAUCAGUUAGAGAAGAGAUGUCAACGGAAGGGUCCUGGAAAACACUCUUCUUCGACAAGAUCGAGAGGAAAGCAUUCAUUAUUGUACAGAUCGUCUGCAUUACCAAAAACCUCACUGGGAUGUCAGUGCUCGAAAACUACGCGUUGGAGAUAUUCUCGAAAAGUGAAUCCUCUGUCUCUCCAGAAAUCAUGUCUAUUCUUCUCGCCGUUCUCCUUUCCGUUAUGGGUUUUAUCGGAGCCUUCCUCUCCGACUGGGCUGGUCGUAAACCAAUGCUCCUCCUGUCCUGCUUUGGUUGCUUCUUCGCACACUUCCUCAGCGGUGGAUAUUAUUACAUCCACGAGAAGACCAACAUUGAUGCCUCUAACUAUAUUUGGGCACUCUACAUCGGUAUUACUAUGUAUGGCGUCCUGUGUUGCAUGGGCAUAGGAGUCAUCCUGCAAACCCUACAGUCCGAAAUGUUUGGUGCAAGUACUAGAGGUAUCGCAGCCGGAGGUGGUGUUCCUCAAGGUAGCGUAUUGGGUCCCGUCCUUUACAUCCUCUUUACCGCCGAUAUCCCUGUCCAUCCCGAUACCUUCCUGGCAACUUUUGCUGAUGACACCGCCAUUCUAUCAUCCGACUCAGAUCCUGAUAUAGCAUCCUUAAACAUUACGGGACACCUCUCAAUGAUUGAGCACUGUAAACGAAUCCGACGCAGUUCCUGUCCACCAGUACACUUUAAUUCCAUCCAGCUUCCUUUCUUAGACACAGUCCGGUACUUUGGCUUUCUCUUAGACAGACGACUAACAUGGAACCCUCAUACUAGACUUAAAAGACAGGAACUUAACCGACGAUACGGCAAUACUAAAACCUAUUUGGACUUGAACUGUGAGGAACAGCAAAAUUUUCGAAUAGUCGAUGAUCCUAUCUAUGUAACCAACAAAACCCUACACCAUGACCUUAAUAUCCCAUUUGUCCUAGACCUUAUCCCAGCAAAAUUAUCCAAAUUUCACCAAAACCUUACCUAUCAUCCAAAUCCUUUUGUAAAAUCCCUAUCUAGCACCACCCAUUCCUAUAAUACUCCAAGAAGGUUAAAACGGCAGUGGCCCCGCGACCUUUUAGAGUUUGCAAAUAUUGAAGUUCUGGCAAUGGCCAGAUUCUCCCCUAACGGCAUGAGUAGAGAGAGAGAGAGAGAGAGAGAGAGAGAGAGAGAGAGAGUGAGUGAGAGAGAAAAUGAGUUGGUCGGGGGAUGCGGCCAAAUAAAUACUAAGAUUCAUCCUCAUCAUAUGGCCAUAGAACCUCAGCCUUCCCACUCUAGCACUGACACAUCUUACUUCUUUGGGGGCGGGGUGACCGAAUGGGCUGACGCGUAUGCAGAACACCGCGAGUUGCCCGGCAACCACCUAAUCCGAAGUCAAGAGAUUAAAAAAAGUCAGCUGUCUGUGUUGGUGGCAGGCGCCGCAUACUCCUGGUUCGAACCAAUCACAAUCCGCCUCACAGAGGACUCUCACCUGGACCUCAGCAAGGAAAACGUUUCCUGGAUCAUCGCCAUUCUGGAGGUCGGGAAUUUCAUCAGUCCUCUGGUGUCGGGAGAACUGACUAACAGAUCUCGUACUUCCGACCUCUAUCCUCCUCCUCACCGAACUGCUGCGUUUGACAAAUCCUUUGCAAUACAAGCCGCCUCCCUCUGGAAUUACAUCCCUGCUGAUAUCAGACACGCUCAAUCAGUUUCCUCUUUCAGACCUCUCCUCUUUAAGCACCUACUACGUCGGCCCACUCUGCCUGGUUGGAUGGGUUCUAAUCCUCUGCUCCAAGUCAAUGAUCUCUUUAAUCGUCGCCAGGAUAUUCCACGGACUCGCGGUGGGGGUGGUCUUCACGAUCACGCCGAUCUACACGGCAGAGAUCGCCGAUCCUGAUCAUCGUGGAAGGCUAUCAGGAACAUUCGAGGCAAUAUGUCAGCUAUGGUAGCAGGCGCGGCAUUCUCUUGGUUCGAACCAAUCACAGUCCGCCUCGUAGAGGACCCUGAACUGGACCUCAGCAACGAAGACGUUUCCUGGAUCAUCGCCAUCCUGGAGAUCGGAAAUUUCAUUAGUCCUCUGGUGUCGGGAGAACUGACUAACAGGUGACUAGCGAUUUAGGAUACUGGUUC